AUGAAACAAAGCCACGAGGAGCGAACGGCCGCCGAGCCGCGUGCAACGUUCCUUGCCGGCCAAUUUCUCGACGUGUUUUGUCCAGGAAUCGAGAAAGCCGGCGGCUUCACCGUGACCUCGCCGCCCAGUCGGGCCCAGCGCUCCAACUCUACCGUCACGCCGUACUUGGAGCUCGCGGUGCAGAAAUCGCCAGACAACCCGGCCGCGGCUUACCUGUGGCAGGGCCGACCCACCAGCACCAGCAACGAAGACUCUGGCGAUGAAGAAGAGGGCGAGGACGAGCCCAAUGGGGACAAGCAGCUCCCCGGCCUCGUUGGCACCCAGGUCCAGGUCCGCAUAGGCGGCAGCUUCGUCUACCCGCCGUCGGACAUUGCGCCUACGUCGCAGGUGCUGCGGCGUGUGGUUUUUGUCGCCGGCGGCAUGGGUGUCAACCCGCUCGUGAGCAUGGUUUCACACAUGGCUGAGCAGGACCGCGGGGAGGCCGGGCCCGAGGUGCGGUUUCUUUACUCGCUGCGCGCACCGGGUGGUAAGGGAAGGAGAGAAGGCGCGGAUGGUAUGCUGUUCCUCAACAGGCUGGCGGACCUGUUUGCGAGGGAUUCCCUCCAAGGCAGACUGCAGCUGUUCCUAACUCUGGCUGCUGGGGACGAUGAAGAUGACGGCGGGGAGGGUCAGAGGCAACAGACCUACACGGAUAUGAAUGGAAACGAGGUUGAAGCCGAUGGUGUCGUGUCGUGCAAUGAGGUCGAUGUACCAUUUCAUCGGCGCAGAAUCACCAAGGCGGAUCUGGUAGAGGCCAUUGGCCCGGAGCCCAAGCAUGCAGUGGUUUACAUUUGUGGCGUGCCGACGAUGACGGACGAGAUGGUCAAGUACCUCACUGAUAAGGACGCUGGUAUUGGUUUGGAUACAGACAGAGUCAAAUUUGAAAAGUGGUGGUAAGCUAAUACUAUUCCUCCUUCAUAAGAUCCUCCGCCAGUGCUCUCUCGUAUGCAGCCUCCACCAUCCGCAUGCGCUCCGCACCCCGAGGUUUCAGGUCGAACUUGAACGGGUUCGGAGCGACGUUGAACCCAGCGCAGUAGUCAUACAGCGGCGGCACAAUUUCUUCGCCUGUCACCUCAUCGCGCGCCCGGCCGAGAUCACAAGCCCACACCAACAUCAUGGUUUGGACAUAUACAUUUCGAGUCCCCAAGAUCAUGCCUGGGCAUUGCCUACGGCCUGCUCCAAACAUGAGCGUGUUCAUCAAACUCGGGUUUUCUGUCAGCGGCUCCUUGUAGGUGGGGAACUUGGGAUCAAUCCACCGGUCCGGGUUGAAGGUGUCUGGCUCAGGGUACAUCUCCGGAUCGCGCCCGCACGCCCAGGUCACAUAGUGAAUCACGGAACCGGCCUUUAGGUGGUACCCCUUGUAGACAUCAUCUUGUGUCAACUCGUGCGGCACGCCAUCUGGCGUCACCGGCCAGAAUCGCGUGAUCUCGGACAGCACGGCCCGGAGCACCGGCAGCCGCGGGAGGUCGGCGAGGGUUGGCAGCCGUCCCGCACCCACAACGUCGUCGAUCUCAGCCUGCAUGCGCAGCCACCACUCCGGGUGCCGCGUCAUGCCCAGAAGAAGGGAGAGUAUGUUGGCGACGGUGGUGCCAAAUGCAGUGUAGGUGACGCCGAUGAGGUGCACGGCCUCGUGUUCCGUGAUACCCAUCCCCUUGCCGCCGACGGCCGCCCGCUUCAUGUCCUCAAGGCACAUGCGCGUCCACGAUGGUGCGUCCCGCCCGUUGUCGAGGUCCGCCUUGGUGCGCUCCCACAUUCUGUAGUAGAAGGCCUCGUCACGCCGGGACAUGCGCUUCAGCCACCGCUUCCACGGGGCCACGGCGUCGGGCAGAUGGCGCAUCCAAGGGAUCACGUCCACCAGAAACGCGCCGGGUGUGAGAACCGCCUCGAAGGUGUGGCCGAUCUUGAUGACCUCCUUCUGAGGACCGGAGCGGUCGGGCAUGGCUUGUCCAAAGAGUAAUGAAAAAAAGGGUCAGUUUAAUGAGUACCGAGCGGGCCUGUGCU